AUGGCGGCUAGGCCACUGAAUUGGACCGUAGAUAAUACUUUGAAGUGGCAACCUUCUAGGGACACAAGCUUAUCCCGAUUAAAAGAGUAUCACUAUGGACCGCCUUGCCACCCCACGUAUAAUGUUAUCUUCUUCUUCUCCCUGGCUAACAUUCUAAGAAGCGAUAUACCAUGUUUGAAAAGUGUGAAACACAGGAACAAUUACGUGGAGCUGAUCGUAUCAUCGAACAGCGUGUUGAAGCAACAACUUUUGCUGCUCAACCAAUGGGAAACAAGACACAAGCCUAAAUUCAAAAAAAUCAGGAUCAUAGUGUUUGAUCCUGAUUGGUGGGAUGAGAAAUAUGGAAGUGGAGCUACUGGUUUUGGUCGUAAUCGUGAUGCAUCACAAAACUAUGGCAUAAACUUCCAACAGAACAUAGGACGUGGUUGUGGUCAGACUGUUAAAACCAAUCUGGUGGCUGUUGGUGGUUCAGAUGUAGGACAAUCAAUCAACUCAGAAUGUUCUGUUCACACAUGA